AUGAUACGAUUGCACGUGCUCGGUCCCGGCUUUGGCCUUCCUUCAGUAGAUGCAGAAUGCAUAGCCGCCAUUGCUCUGCUGAAGCUGCAACUCCCACCAGAACUCUGGACGCUCAUCCCAACCCACGACGACAGCUAUGGUCUACCAUUACUAGACGACGGUUCAGACCAAGUCUUCGGCUUCCACAAUAUCGUCCGAUACUUCGACCAACACCAAGACAAGCAUGACUCGAGUAGUGCCUAUCCCGCCGACUCCACAGCCCUCACCUCCUUCCUCUCAACCCACGCCCAGCACCUCCUCGACAUCUCCCUCUACGUCUCCUUCGACAACUACACCCUCACCCGCUCCGCCUUCACCAAGAUCCUACCAUGGCACACGAACUACAUCCUGCCGCCUAAGCGAAGAGCGGCAGCCAGACGACGAACAGAACACUUGGGCAUCUCCAGUAUAGACGUGGAUAACGUGCACGAUGACCUUAGUGGACGACCGUCGGGCUUUGAUGGAGUGGGGAAGGAACAAGGGCAGGGGUUUGAGGUGGAGGCGCAGAAGAGGGCUAGUCUGCUAUUACCGCGGAGAGAGACGGUGCAGAGUAUGUUGCGCCGGCCGGAGCAUUCCGCCGCGUUUAAGCUGCAUGCGUUGGCGGACAACUUCUUUGGGCCAUUGCAGAGCAUGUUGGGUAAUCGAGAUUUCUUACUUGGCGAUGAGAUGACGAGCGUGGAUUGUUUGGCCUACGGCUACCUGAGUCUGAUGCUCUACCCGCAACUCCCGCAGGACUGGCUCGCGCAGACAAUGAGGAGGAAGUACGGCAAGCUCGUGCGGUAUGUGGCGCGUAUGCAU